GCUGUGCUGUAACUCGCUCUUGUUGCUGGUCACUCCUUAUUUUAGUUUAUAAUAUGUUCUUUCGUUGGUAACUAUAAUCACACUUAUUAUUUUAUUGUCUAAAGACACGUUCACCCAGAAACUCUUGUACCAUAGAUUUAAUUUUAACAUCAUGCGAUUUCCGGCCUUCUCCAUCGCCUUUCUUGCGUCAAACUUUGCGAAGGCUGAUUUCCUACUCCCCGAGUCGGCGGGUCAUGUUUCUGUUGGCCUUCCAAAUCGGAUAUCCUGGUCUACCGAUUCAGUCACUGGCCCAAUUUCUUUGUUUCUUGUUCCAGCAGGAGCGGAGGAUGCUAGCGCUUCUAUAUUUGCUAUUGGGACUCAAAUUCCAAACUAUGGGAUGUACCAAUGGGUUCCACGCGACACUCUAACUACAGCGGAAUCAUAUUUCUCUAUACUCAUGGUUGAUUCCAAGAAUUUUAAAACAGUAUCCGAUAUCUUUCUUAUAGUUGGUCUGCAAAAUUCUCAGCCAGGCAGCGAACUUCGCAGAAGAGUCAGCGCUCACGUUAAGAAGUCUAGCUAUGGAAAUGAUGAUUUUAAUAGCGAUGAUCCAGCGAACUCAGAUUCAAACAACAGUGGUACAAAAUCCUCAAAAAGUGGCAAAAAUGAAGGGACCGAAAAGUUUAACUCAACGGAAACGCUGACAACAAAGUUAGAGAGUAAAGAAACUUCGAAGUCUGUAGUCCUGGAGACUAGUUUGUCGGCUUGUAGUGCUGUAGUCACAAAGACCGAAUAUCUGUGUGUGAGUGCUGCAAACGGGUCUAACAUUAAGACGAAAAGCUCAGAUGGAUCAAAAUCAACCAGCAAUUUGUCAUCUCUGGCCGUUUACCUUGAUAAGCCACCCAAAGAUAUAUCCGGCUCGUCUAAACCCACGAGCUUGGGUUUCAAAGGGACUUCCGCGUCUAACAACACAUCCAGCUCAAAGUCGACGUUCCAAGAUUCUAGUUUGAAACAUAGCUAUGGCUUCAAUUCUUCAUCUUCAUCUUCGUCCUCUGAAGCAGACUUCAAGAAAACCCAUUACUCACAAUCUUCAUCUCAUUCUAGCUCCGGAGAAGACUCUGGCUCGAAAUACUCAGCAUCUAAUUCCAACUCGAAGGACAACUCUAGCUCCGCGUACUCAUAUUCUGGACAUGAAUCAAAAGGAACUAAAGAUUCUUCAGGACAUAAAUUUGGGCCUAAAGAGAGCAAUGAAGAUGGACAUGGACAUGGAAAUGGAUCUAGCUCCAAUUCUACUUCCGGCCAUAAAUCCAACUCCACAUUGGAACAUGCCUCUACACGAACGUAUUGUGCACUGGUGACAUCCACAACUAUAAUAUAUAUGCCAUUUAGUAGAAAUACUCAUACUCAUGAGACCAAAACAUACACACCCAACAUCCAUAAGACUACCUUGAUACAGACUAGUACAAUCAUCAGUACCGCCUUAGAAUCCCUUUUCUCUAUCUCUAUCUCCGCGCCUCUAGCAUCGAUCUCCACACUGGCCGCCUCGACAACUUCCAUCGCUGCUAUAUCCACAACAGCAACAAGCACGGCUCAAACCACCCAAGUCUCUAAAGUCUCUGAGAUUUCUCAGCUCUCGAGUCUUGCGAUUUCCGAGUCUGUUAAAUCCAUUCAAUCCACCCCCCUAUUCUCCGCCUCGAUUAUCAUUUCCUCAAGCACCGAACCUACAACUCCACCAUCCAUGCCCACGCCCCCAGAAACCAUAAAUAUAGCCAGCACAACCAGUACAGAAAGCACAACACCUGAAAACCCAUCCAGCACAGAUUCCAUCACCCCACCCCCAUCCCCGCCCUUUCCCUCUCAAACUGCAACCGGCACCAAAUUCGAAUCCGAAACCCAAACUACCGCUCUACCACCCGUAACUCUUACCACGCUGUCCAGCUCAACAACUUCAUCUUCUGUAUAUAAUCUUACGAUUCUAGGAGGUGGAAUGGGAACGGGAACUCCGCUGUCUGUUUUUACAGGGGGUGGGAGUUCGCAUUGCGGGGGGCUGAAGGGUGGAAUUGUGAUGGGUGUGCUGAUGGGGGUUGUGGGGUGGAUUUUGUGAAGGGCGGGAAUGGAGGAAGGGGAUGGGAUGAGUAUGGAAAAUUACAUGGAACGUAAAGUGCUUUAUGUAUCAUAAUUUCUUUUGUAGAUAGAUUAUGGAAUAGAACAGUCAGAUAAAUAGAAUCUAUCGCGUUUAUGCA